AUGACUUUAACCAAGCCGCUCUGCCUUGGUUACGAUGGGGCUCAUCCCUUCUCCAAAGUAGAGAUCAAGGAUCGCUCUUCUGUUCAAGAACUCCUUCGCACGGUUCUCGAUCCUUUAGAACCCUUUUUCUCGCCCCAAAAAGCUCGCGUCAAGUGUCCUGGUGCUACAGCAGUUCGGUUUGACCAAACUGCUUCCGAAGUCGAAGGAAUCUGCCGUCCGCUUUGGGGCUUGGCUGCUUUGCUGGCAGGCGGUGGUGACUAUGACGGCAAAGAAUGGUGGAUUCAGGGUAUCAAGUCAGGAACUGAUCCCGAGAGCCCUGAAUACUGGGGAUACCCUCAAGAUAACGACCAAAGAAUGGUUGAGAUGUGCCCGCUUGGCUGGACUUUGGCUGUUGCUCCCGACUUCUGGAGCAGUUUUACAGACAAGGAGAAGAGUAACGUCGAAACAUGGUUGGGAAACUCCAUUAAUGAGAAAAACAUGCCCAACACCAAUUGGCUUUGGUUCAGAGUAUUUGCCAACUUAGGGCUAAAGAAGAACGGGGGAAAGUUCUCCCAAGAUAGACUCGACAGCGAUAUCGAGCACCUCGAGACCUUUUAUCGCGGUGGAGGUUGGUCUAAUGAUGGACCAGAAGGCAUUCACCAAAUGGAUUAUUACUCCUCGAGCUUUGCAAUCCAACUGUUGCAGCUCUUAUAUGCCAAAUUAGCAGGAGACGAAGACCCAAAACGAGCUGAAGAAUUCAAGAAGCGCGCACAACAGGUCGCCCUGGACUUGAUUCAUUACUUCGACGACGAGGGCAGAGCUAUUCCAUACGGUCGAAGUGUAGGCUAUCGAUUUGCUAUGGUUUCAUUUUGGGGCGCCCUUGCUCACGCCGAUGUCGAAUUGCCUGCACCGUUAACCUGGGGCAUGGUGAAAGGAGUAGUGUUCCGCCAUUUGCGCUGGUGGCAGACUCAAAACGAGAUCUGGACUUCUGGUGGAACACUUUCGAUUGGGUACUCGUACCCAAAUAUGUAUAUGGCGGAGAACUAUAACAGCCCGGGCAGCCCAUAUUGGGCAUGCUUGGCUUUUAUGUGUCUAGCAGCGCCAGAAGAUCACCCUUUCUGGACAUCUGAAGAGGAGACAGCCAGUAGUGUAAUCCCAAGGGUGAAAGCUCUUCAUCAGCCGGGUCAUAUCAUGAGUUACCUCGGCGGACACUGCAUGCUUCUGUCAUCGGGACAAGCCUGCAGCUACCCAAUGAAAGGCACCCAUGCCAAAUACGGUGGUUUCGCCUACAGCAGUGCCUAUGGAUAUUCGGUGCCCCCUGGUCACUUCUCCCUGGAGCAGUAUGCACUGGCUUCACAGCUUGGGCUCUCGGAUGAUGGGGGCGAGUACUGGAAAACCCGAAGGCUUUGCGAGUACGCGGGAAUUGAAGAUCUUGAAGGCAACCCUGUUCUUGUCUCGACUUGGAAGCCGUUCCCAGACGUCGCCAUUCGUACCAUCUUGAUCCCCCCACAAGAGGAGACCCCAAACUGGCAUCUUCGAGUUCAUCAUAUCAAAAGUGGUCGCGAAGUCAUGACGGCAGAUGGCUCUUUUGCCAUUUCCAAUGUUAAUACGACUAACGGGCGAUACCUUAGCCCUUACGACGAGGGAAAAUACGAAGGCACAUCUCCUAAGAUUAUUGGAAAUUACGAUUUAAAGACCCCCGAUGGUUGGGCAGAUGGAAAAUCAGGGGCAUUUGCAGUAUCGAAAGGUGCUGUAGGCAUCAAGGCUUUGGAACCGACAGAGGGCCGCCAAGCUAUGCUGGUUAAUGCGGACCCAAACUCGAACCUCGUCGAGAGUCGGAGCACUAUUCCAACUCUUCAGCAUACUAUUAAAGCUGGUGAGUCAGUAUGGUAUGUAUCUGCGAUAUAUGCCAAGCCCUCGGGUGUUGGGGUGAGUAAACAAAGUUAUCUCGACGGAUGGGCCAAGACUCCAGCCGUCCCAGGCUGGCUAGAACAGGAGAUGGGCUCUUGA